AUGAAUGCAGCUGAAUUUCUCGUGGUCACGGUGACAAGCUGGUUAACACCAACUGUUCUCUUCUGCGUCUUGAACCUCACAAUUGUUACAAUUGUCAUCACUUCGUCCCUCAAUAAACUCGGUCAUCAUCAGGACAACUCGCGUCCACAGCUCGUCCGAGUUCCAUCUCUUUUAGAACGAGUCAAGUCCAUCAACCUCUCUCUCUACAGCACCCAAAAUCUCGAACCGUUGGAUUCCGAAUCCGCCGCCCAUUACACCGCCCCUCCUCAAGAAGCAACCGAUUAUCAGAAGUCUGAAGCAAAAGUCGAUGACAUGAAUCACAGUGAAUCUGUGGAGGAUAUUCACGUGACGAGGAGUAGUUCUGAAAUCUGCAUGAAAGCUCCGGCAAAAAGGGUGUUAAAGAAGUCGGCUAGUGAGAAGGUGUUCGUGGCUGAGACAGAGGUAGAGGCGGAUCUGCGGCGGCCGGUGACAGUGAGAGAAACGACGUAUUAUAAUGGACCGGAUGAUGAGGCUGUGGAUGCUAAAGCUGACGAUUUUAUUGACAGGUUUAGGCAGCAGUUGAAAUUACAGAGAUUGGACUCUAUUUUGAGGUACCAGGAAAUGAUCAACAGAGGAAUGGAACGUCCAGAUGAAGGCAAUGAUAGAAGACUUACAUCGCCAUCAGAGUGUCUCUAG